CCCUUGGCCUGCGCUGCGCCCCUCCUUUCAGGAUAGGAGUAAAAGGCGGGAAUUUCGGGCUCCACUUUGUUUGAUUUCCCUCAGGAUGGAAAAGGCCAAGAAGGCGGCCUCCAUGGAGCAGAGGAGGAAGGAGGAGGAAGAGGAGGAGCAUGGGGACCCCGACGUCGCCCAGGGCUACGUGGACCUUUCCCUCUGAGCAUGGGCAGAGUGCCUUUCCCCUCCAGAGGUUGAGAGCCGCUUUCCAUUACACCGUGGCUGGUCUCUGCGAAGAGGUUGGCCAAGACACAGGAAUCCAGUUCAGCAAACAAGCCGUGGCGGCCAUUACGGAGAUCACCUUCAAGCAGUGUGGAAGUUUUGCCAAAGACCUUGAAAUGUUUGCCAAGCAUGCAAAACGGACCACAAUUAAUAUGGAAGACGUAAAGCUUCUGGCUAGAAGGAGCAAUUCAUUGCUGAGGUACAUCACCCAGAAGAGUGAAGAACUUGCUUUGAAUAAUCUGGAACAAAAGGAGAAAAGGAAAAAGAAAACUAAGAAAGGGCGAAGCUCCGAUGAACCGGCAGAACCUGCGGCGGCUGAGAGCGAGGAUUCCAACAUGGCCUAAUAUCUGUCUCUCCCUUUGGCAAUGUCAAGACUGAUUUCCCAUUUUCAUAAUGGAGCAAUGAGGAGGAUGUGGUGCAACCACAGGAUAUCCGUUUGCUGCCUUACUUUGGAACUCUUUGUUGUUUUCAUUAAGUAAGCAAAGCAUGAUUCGAAUAUCAGUUGGGUUUCCUUACAAUAAAUGCUUUCAACAUUUAGUAAAGAAAGACAUACAGAGACUCAAAAGCUAACUCUAAGAAUUUUGGUUGCGACUUAUUAAAGACAAUUGCUAAAAAUUUGUCCAGACUUUAUGUCAUCAUAGAAUAAGGAAACCCAAGAAGGAAGCAUCCGUAAAGUGUAGCCAUUUUCUUCCAGUCGGGAUUGGCUUAGUAAGACUACCUUCAAAAGAAGAGUGUAUGUUUUAAGGAAGUUUCUAGUUUUCUCUCAUAUGGGGAUUCUGCUGAUGAUUUAGAAAACUCCAAGGAUGCAGUUAAUAGGGAUGAUUCAGGUAAUGAUAGUUUCCCCCCUCAAACAUCAUUUCCGCACCAACCCAAUCUUAAUUGGAAAAAAUAGUUAUCUAUUGUGUAUGUUUCCUUAUGAGGUGUAAGUUGUGACAUUCUGUUUAGUUCCACAUAUAUUUGUCGGUCAUAUUUUCUAUAAGCAUCAUCGUCAUUAUUCUUUUGUUCAAUAGUUUGUCCUAACUCCCUUCCAAAAACCACUUUCGCUCCUAAUUAGGCGAUCCACCUCUAUUAUCCUUUUCUCUCUCAGUGGCUGGAAUGGUUGCAGUUGAAUUGCCCUUUGGAUAGUUUAACUGUUUAAUGAAGUUUGAGAAUGAUGAUUAAAAAAGUUCCAAACCUA